GUCGACAGCCCUCAGAGUGAGAACAUUUCAACAGAAGUGAAGUUUGGGCGAACGUUGCUAGCUCCCUCGUCAGUAACUUAACAGUACAGUAGCUUGCUACUGUGACACCGUUUUGGCUCGUUUGGACUUUGACACACGCAGGCUUCACCAUGGAGGUAGUCCGGGUACUUUUGUGUGUCCUGUCCGUGUUUGUGGCUCUUAUCUCGGACAGGUUUGUGGGGCUGGCUGCCUUCUCCCAGUCUUUGGACAGCGACUUCACAUUCACUCUACCCCCCGGUCGCAAGGAGUGUUUCUACCAGACCAUGAAGAAUGAUGCCUCCCUGGAGAUUGAAUAUCAGGUAUUAGAUGGUGCUGGUCUCGAUGUAGAUUUCACAAUCUCCUCUCCCUCUGGCCAAGUGCUGUUCAGUGACUACCGCAAGUCAGACGGAGUGCACACUGUUGAAACUGAGGAUGGAGACUACAUGUUUUGCUUCGACAACACGUUCAGUGCUGUCUCCGAGAAGCUCAUCUUCUUCGAGUUGAUCCUGGACAACAUGGAUGCAGAUGAGGAUCCAGACGACUGGAAGGAGUACGUCAUCGGAACAGACAUGCUGGACAUGAAGCUGGAAGACAUCAUGGACACCAUCAACAACGUGAAGAGUCGCCUGGGCAAAAGUGUGCAGAUCCAGACGGUGCUGCGGGCGUUCGAGGCCCGCGACAGAAACAUCCAGGAGAGCAACUUUGACAUGGUGAACUUGUGGUCUGUGAUAAACGUCAUUGUCAUGAUGCUGGUGUCAGCGGUUCAGGUCUACCUGGUCCGCUCACUGUUUGAGGAUAAGAGGAAAAUUCGUACAUAACGGAGGGACACAGAGAAAGAAACUAACACACUCGCCCACGGAUACCAUUUGGAUUUUUCCCACCCCCAGAUCUCCUGGCUUGUGACUUUUAACAAAGGGUGUCAUCGAUACACAUACAUAUGCACACACAUACACAAACAGACAGACAUUUUGACAUUCUUAAUAACCAAGUCACCACUGUUGUUGCUCUGGUCUUCAAUCCACUGGAGUGUUUUCUAACUCUCUUUGUCUCUAUUUCAGAGUCUAUUUGUCUCUCUUUAAAACUUGUACAUUGUUUUAUAGUCCUUCCUAGCUGCUGUAAAUCUUCACAGAAAGUGACAAAACAAGCACAUUUAUGAUGCGACUAUUUUUUAUAACAAUGCCUAUAAUGAUCAGGUAAUGUGCCAAUUGCAAAAAUGUCCUCUUUUCUUUGGACGUGUUUUUAUUUGUGCUAAACCAGAUGAAGAAAUGGUAUGGUGGUGUCUGAAGAAUCUGAUUUGUUUCUGCCAAACGGGAGUGGGAAGUGUAGUCAUUCUGUCCUCCUCAUGUGUGCCCCAUUGAAAAUCUUCCCCUCCUUUGCCUGUUACCAUGAUGCCUUAGUUGUUUGUAUGUAGCUGCCAGUCUGCGAGGCCUUUUCAUAGAAAUUCAGUCCCAUUUCCCCCUUUCAUGCCAAUACUGUAAAGUCAGGGGUUCCUGUAGGGCCAUGCUGCUACUGCUGCUCUUGAGCACCAAAUGGAUCAUGGAAGUAAAAAAAAAAAAAAAAACGGAAACAGGUCAUCUCCAAAUCUCUGCCACCCUACUCUCCUCUGCCGCGACCUGUGGGGGCAAAUGGCAGCCAGCUCCACCUCAUGCCUGCUGCUGGGUGUCUGUUUACGGCCACCGACUGUGUGAAGAUGUUGAGCCUGCCUGACUCUCUGGUGACAGAAAUCUAUUUCUAUAAGGUCAUUACCACUACUACAAGGGUGCACUACUCGGUUCAAUAUGCACAAGACAUUCACUGCUAUUGCAGGUCAGCAGGCUUUUACAAGGCCUGUGUCUGUUUUGUUUGUUUUUACUCGCCAUCAUUACAAACUGACAUCUUAUCAUUGCACUGCCUCUGAUGCCACAGAACAACCUUUUUCUGUGUCUUCAUAUUUUGAGAGAAUAAAUUAACAUUAUGAGCCCAAAAGUAUUUUUAUGAAAUGAUGGGGGGGGGGGGGGGUGACCAAAAACGGGUCCACACCUUCUGCUGAGGAUGUUUUUGAGUCAUUUGUGGCUUAAGACACCACAGUGACUUGUGGUUAUGGCUGUGGAGAGGAUUCCUUGUAUUGUUAUUACCGAGCUCCACAGAUGAAACUUGGAUCCCUGCCUCUCUGACUGGAAGCUCCAUGUGGUCAUCGUCUUUUUGACCUGUGCAGUAAGAUAAAGAUCAUCGAGUGAGUUCUUGCCUUCAUAACUUAACAGCCUUAUGUUGGUAGUGCUGUGUUGCCAAACUUCUAGCAAUCUUCUUUAUUUUAAAAUGAUACAGUAUACAGAGUAUGAAUUUUGGUCCCUGCAGUAAGAAAUGGUCACAGUGACUCUCAGUUUAACAACCAUCCUUUGUUCAUCUGACUACCUGAUGUCACUGUCAUGUCCAAUGUUCAAGUCCUUUAUGUUGAGAUUCUGUCUCAAAAGUGGUUAACUGAUUUAGUAUAAUGAAGUUGCAGUUAAAACGAGUGUAUGAUUAUUUUAAAGUGCUUUAAAGAUUUAUGAAAAUAAAAGUCUACAAAUAUUCUAAGAGGUAUUUCUAAGUUACUUAGUAGAAGGUUGUAAAAUCAGCAGCAACAUUAUCUUUGAAAAGUCUUUGUCAAUAUGAUAAUGAAGCAGUGGAGAAGAAGAAAUGUGACGUCAUACGAUAUUUAUUGAACUAAAGUCCUGUAGUUGUAAAUGUGUAUAAAAUUAAACAAUCAUACAUUUUCUGA